AUGGGAGGGAUUUAAUUAUUAAAUAUUAAAAUUUUAAAGAUGAGUUCAGCAUUAUUAAAAAUUUAGAGUAAUUUGAUCAAGAAUUAUGAGAUGUAUAAAGAGUUCACUAUAAAAUAAAUUAAUCAAAUUUAAGGAAUUCAUAUAUAGUUUAAGUAAAAAAUAGAAUUAUGUGAAAAAUAAGUAGUAUCUGUUAAUUUUCUGAAUUUGAUUAAAUCUAUUACUUUAAUAUAAGAUAUGCCUGAUUAAAAAUAGUAUUAGGCAUAAUUAUUAUUGAAUUUACUAGUUAUACUGGUUAAGAUGUAGUAAUAAUGA